CCCCGGGCCAAACCAUUGGCUUUCAUCCCCUAUAAGAACACACCCAUCCCUUUGCUACCCUUGCCAUGCAAAUCCCAAAAAAAGAGCUAAAACCAUUUCUCAUUUGAUCCGUUAGAGGCAACCACGGAGAGCAAAGAGGAUAAAUAAGAUAGUGAAAAAGAAAAAUAAAUAUCCCAUAUGUUAUAAAUAUAAGAAGAGGCAGCAGAUAUUGAAGAUGAAAAAUGGUGCAAUGAGAGGGUCAAAGAGAAGGUAUGAGCAGAAGGGCAAUGGAGGGUUUUUAAAGGAAAAAAGAGGUAGGUUUUACAUUAUACGAAGAUGUAUUGCCAUGCUUCUAUGCUGGCGUGACUGAAACUAUACAUAUAUACAUACAUAUAUGUAUGUAUGUAUCUAUGCAUGUAUAUAUAUAGGUAUGCAUGUAUGUAUGUAUAUGUGCUGAUAGGGAGUUAGCUACUAGUUUAAUUUAUAUUUUCGUUUAUAUUGUAUGUACUAUAUCAUCAAAUGUUUAUAUAAGGAUCAUCUUUUUUCUUGGCCUUCA